GAUUUCGUGAUAUCAACAGGGCGGUGGAAGGCAGCUGCUAGUGCUAGCUGAAGAGCGCCUACCCCAGAACUCAGGAGAUUCAUUCUUUCCUAUUCCUAUUUGGAAGUGAGUGCUCUUCAGAAUUGUCGUAAUCAUCCCGCCCCUACCAGCGUCCUCAGCAUUGCAUGCGCGUCUCGCGCCCUUUUACAAUUCUCACAAAGUUCCUGCAAAUCCUGCACUUUGUGACCAUCUCUCUGGGCUCUUUUAUGGCCUCUUCCGCUGCCUUUUGGACCACGUUCCUAGACUUUCUAAUCUGUCCCGGCUGCGGACAGCCUCCGAGACGAGGUUUGAGGAGGCGCACCGCGGCACUGGCGUCUGCUGAUGUUAUCCCUUACUACGGUGCCUCUUUCGAGAAGGCGGGGGGGCCGGCAAAGCAAUCACAGAGCAGCAGGAAACAUGAAGUGGUAAAUGGGGUAGCCAGUGAACAACUAGAGGGGAAAGAAAGUGGGCAGCGCCGCCAGGCCAUGUAUCUAGGGGAGGGGAGAAAGUGGCCCGCCGUAGAUGAGAACGUCCGCUGGUCAGACACAGCUUCACAAUCUGCGUCGGGUUCAUCUGGUCGCAAUACAGAUGGGGCGCUUUUCUCCCAGGGGGGCGCUUCUUUGUGGCACUCUGAGGGGGACAUGUCUGGGGCUCAACAGAGCCCCUCGCUCAGUUCCCGCUACCUCAGAGUGGCAAUGUAUUUGCGCGAGCAGGGCCUUGUGUUGAACCGGGCGAUCCACCGGUUUGUUGGGGAGCAGUCGCUGCCCGAGGUUCAGGCACUGAUGGCCGCUCUGCGGGGGGUGGGGUGCGAACAGGCGCAGGCGGUCAGUAUGAUUCAAAGGUGUCCCCGCCUUCUCUCCCAGAGCCCCUCUGAUAUCCUCGCUGCCGCCAAGUACCUGGAAAGCAUCGGGGUGGAUAACGUAGGCAACGUUGCGGCGGCGUUCCCGGAGGUUUUGGGACCGAAGGCGCUCGGCUACCCGGCCGCGGUUGAGUGCCUCAGGGGCUGGAGCUUCUCUACGGCAGACAUUAUCUCCAUUGUCAAGAGCGACGCACGCGUUUUGUCCAUGCCCGUUCCCGCCCUUCUCGACCGCCUCCUCUUUCUAGUUGGUCAAGUGGGCCUCGACGAGAGCGCUGUUGCGCGCACCGUGACGGCUUUCCCGGGCAUCUUGUGCUACAGCGUCGACAAGCAUCUGCAGCCUCGCUUGGAGUUGCUUCAGGAGCUGGGGUUCAGCACGCCCCAGAUCGCAGGGCUCAUCCGGCAGUACCCGCGCCUCUUCAGCUUCAGCCUGCACAACAAGGUGGCCCCGACCCUCCAGUUUCUGCUGGAGCUGGGCCUGACGGACGCGGAGGUGGUGGACUUAGUCGUGCGCAAGCCGGUGCUCUUCGACUGGCGCACCAGCAUCGACGCCUCGCUGCGGCCAGCGGCAGAGUUCCUCGAGGAAGUCGUCGGCAGUCCUCGUGCGAUGCGCAAAGUCGUCCUCCGGGAGCCACGUGUCCUCCUCGCGCCCGCCGCCGAGCAGCGCGCGAUGUGCGACAGGUGGCGCGAGCUGGGCUUCUCCGAGAAGGAGCUCCGGAAGGCGGUCAUGCGCCAUCCCGCCGUUCUAGUUCGCGGGAGCGCGUGGAACGCGGAAGCGAAGAUCGAGUACUUUCGGGACCUGGGGAUGACGUCACACGACAUCGCGAACGUGCUGGCGGAGAACCCGGGGCUGUCGCUGGGGGCGAUGGAGGAAAAGGUCGGGUUGUUGCUUGAGUUUGGCCUCACCGAAACGCAAGUCGUGACCAUCCUCGCACGGUUUCCCGCCACUUUCCAGACCAGCUGCGACAGUCUGGACGCCAAACUCCGCUUCCUAACACAGGAGAUGCGCCGCAGUCUCGACGAGCUCGUCAGCUAUCCGGCGUUCAUCAGCCUCAGCCUGAAUAAGAGGUUAAGACCCCGCUGGCUGAUCCUCCAAGACCUGGGGCUAACUUGGAGUCUCACCAAAGCGUUUGCCCGGCCGCAUAGCGCGUUCGAAGCGGAGAUCCGAAAGCUUAUCGCCGAGAAAGGCGCACCGAAGAAGAGGGUCAGAAAGCCGGGGUCAUCCCCCGAGGAGAAGCGAGAGUACUUGGAGGGGCUCGGAAUGGAACCGGGGCAUGCGGCCCGGGUGGCGGAGGAGAUGAAUCAUAUGACGCUGUCGUGCAUACAGAGAAAGGUUUCCACGAUGUUGGGUCUUGGGAUGACUUCACAGCAGGUCGUGACGACGGUGGAGCGCUUCCCCCGCAUUCUGCACAGCAGCGCCAACUCGCUUGAGGCCAAGAUCCGUUUCCUGACGGAAGACAUGGGCCGCUCCUUGGACGAGCUCGUCGGCUACCCGUCAUUUAUCUCUCUUAGUUUGCCAAACCGGUUACGGCCGCGCUACGCUCGCCUCCAAGAAGAGGGCAUCACGUGGUGGAGCCUGAACCACGCCUUCGGCCGGCCAGACGCGGAGUUCAACGCGCGAAUAGAACGGUGGAUCGAAGCAGGACGCCCCAUCAGGGGUACGCCCAAAGGGCAUGCUAGCGCAAACGGCUGAUCCAGCCAAAAAGUUGAUAGGGCCUCGGGGGCCGUAAGGGACGAGUUGCGCACACAGUGACUACGCAUUGGAUGUACGGUAGGACGAGUUCUUGUCAAAGCACGCGAUGGAAAGCCAGGUUAAUUAUCUAGCAUAACCGAUUCCAAUGACCCAUAUGUGUUGGCCCGGCCAAGGCACUCCGAAACUGCCACGAGAAAGCAUGUGCAACGUGGACUGCGAUCAUGUCCUAGACCCCAGGC